AUUUGUAUGAAACGCAGACCGCGACGGCAAAAGAGGCGUUUGGGUGCGGUAGCGGAAUCCCUAAACCCGAAAAUAACCAAAGGGAAACGCGAGAACCUGAGAUAUCUUGGAUCCAAACGAUCUUCCUCCCGUAGAAACCGCGAGGGAAGAAGAAGACGGAGAAGAAGAAUAGGAAUCAUCCGGAUCAGGAACAAGGGAGGAGAAGAUGUUGCCAACAACUUCCAGAUCUCGCUCUUCAUCUUCUUCAUCCCGAGCUAACCCAAUGUUCCUUCAGUAUUUUCGUCGUAUCGUCAAGUGGCAGCAAAUGGAUGUUGAAUAUACUUUCUGGCAAAUGCUUAACCUUUGUACAUCUCCGAAAGUUGUCUAUCAACACACCAAGUAUCACAAACAAACUAAAAACCAAUGGGCACGUGAUGACCCUGCUUUUAUCGUGAUCUGUAGCUUGCUUCUUGUUGUUGCAACUUUAGCCUACUGUGCCACGUAUGACCAUAGUGGCUCUCACGCUGUCUUCGUAGUUGUAUCAGUUUUCCUCUCCCAUUUCUUCAUCACCGGAGCAGUUAUAGCUACAUGCUGUUGGUUUCUGACGAACUCUUACCUUCGCGAGGAGGCUCCUAAUAGUCAUGUGGUGGAACAACGCGUUGAAUGGCUGUAUACAUUUGAUGUUCACUGCAACUCGUUCUUUCCAAUGUUUGUGCUACUCUACGUCGUACAUUAUUUCUUAUCACCACUCCUGAUAACGCACGGAUUUAUUCCUUUACUGCUAUCGAAUCUGCUUUUCAUGGUCGGGGCUUCGUACUACCAUUAUCUUAACUUCCUAGGAUAUGACGUCCUUCCGUUUUUAGAACGAACAACAUUCUUCCUCUACCCAAUCGGGAUCGUGAUUGUCCUCUCCCCUAUUUUGAUCUUAAGCGGAUUCAACCCGUCAAGAUAUUUCAUGAACAUGUACUUCAGCCAAAGAUUAUAAAUUUUUUUU